AUGAACUCUGACGGAGCUGAAAGCAGACCAGUUCCUCCCACCUCCCUGCCUCUAGAAGGAGCCCAGAGCCAGAGCCAGAGCCAGAGGAAGAAGCUCUCUGCUCCCAGGAUCAGUCUGUCUCUGGACCAGAGCGAGGAUGACCUGGGGGAGACUCCGGACGACCUGGACAUCGACGUGGACGACAUGGACACUCCCGACGAAGGGGACCUGGACUACACGGACCACGAGACGGACUGGGAAGAUCCCAAAGUGGACAGUCGCAGUGGAACCAGUGACGCAUACAACACUUUCCCUACUUACAGCGCUGAGGAAGAGCUCCAGGACCGACAGGACGGAAAACUGUGGAGAACUGUGGUGAUCGGAGAGCAGGAGCACCGCAUUAACAUGAAGAUCAUCCAGCCAUACAUGAGAGUCGUCUCACACGGAGGUUACUAUGGAAACGGAGUCAAUGCCAUCAUAGUUUUUGCGGCCUGUUUCCUGCCAGACAGUGACCUACCAGACUAUCAUGAAAUAAUGGAAAACCUGUUUUUAUUUGUCAUCAGCACUCUGGAGCUCAUGGUGGCAGAGGACUAUAUGAUUGUGUAUCUGAAUGGGGCCACUCCUCACAGCAGAAUGCCAGGCCUGGGGUGGCUAAAGAAAUGCUACCAAAUGAUUGACAGAAGGCUCAGGAAGAACUUGAAAUCCUUCAUUAUUCUCCACCCGUCAUGGUUUAUCAGGACUAUUCUGGCAAUCACCAAACCGUUCAUAAGUGCCAAGUUCAGCAGUAAGAUUAAAUAUGUCAACAGCCUGGAUGAACUGGAGCAGCUCAUACCAAUGGAGCAAAUCCAAAUCCCAGAAUGCAUCAUCAGAGUGGACAAAGAGCUGAAGGAAGCAGCAGAGAACUCCAAAGUGAACAGUUUCCUGCUGGGAACUCAGCCAGCGUCAGACAGGACCCAGACAGAGGAGGCUGCGACGAGCAACCCACACAACCAGCCAUCUUAA